UGUGGGCGUGGCCACAAUGAUGAGUGGAUUUUGCAGAAGUGAUUGAUGUGUGUGCCGUCGUUUUUGUGGGGAGAAACGGGCUCAAGUGUGUUUCCAUAGCCGGGGGUACGGAAAUCACCGCCAAGAGCGUGCGCAUCCCCCGAACCGAUCCUAUUCGCCGGUCGACCCUCUGGACGAGUGUUUGCUCUAACCUUCACGGUAAGGAAGAUCAGUCUCGAGUCCUUCGAAUGCCUUCUUGCCACUCUGCUGCAGCAGUAUGUGUGAGUGGUGGUGCGUGCUGCUGACGGUGCCGGCACUCCUGGCCUCGGCCCAGGGCCCGUCCUACGGUCACUGCUACAACAGCACGCUGGUGGCUGCAGAACCGUUCGACCCCUCUUCUCUCUCUCCCUCACUCGGCAACCAACCUGCUCCGACUGUCCAGUUCUCCAGCUCAGUGGUGGAGAGCGCCCUUCUUUCCCUUCCAAACUCCCUAUGAAUUCAGCCCAACCUUGCACCACCCUUCAAGUCAAGACCACCAGCGUUGCCAUUGGCAAGCUACCACAAAGACCAUGCCUUACAAAGCUAUAUAAUACUAUGCAAUUGGACUAAGAUAUCCAUUAAUUAACUGCUGCUAUGUGCACACUCCCCCAGUUGGUGGGCCCCCAGUCAAUACUAAAGCCACCACAUAGGAGAACCACUUUGUAGGCCUCUCGGUCCACUUGACUGCACACUAAGUGUAGUUCACUGAGGCGUGACUGUGAUUGUGUGCAUUCGCCACACUGUGUCUCCCCCACCUUACCCUCUCCCUACUCUGUCUCAUAUCAUUUUCCACACCCGUGUAUGCAUUACAUAAACGUAGCGCUGUUCCCAGCGUACACAUUAUCGACUGUUAGCCAAGACACAAGAACCUGUCUUUGUUGUCACAUCUCAACCCACACCCACAAGGACACACACACACACACAGACUGUAUCUAUUCAAGUUUAUGGCCAGAUGGUGUGAAUGGACCUGCUACCUGCAGGCAUGUAAUGACUCGAGGCCUAUGCCUGCAAUGCAAGCUAAUAGAUAUGCUCAUAAUAGGUAUAUACCUUGCAGAUUGUUCUGUGAGCUAAAAGGCCUUCCCAUUUGUAUGUGAUGGCUAGUGUAUAUACGUGUGACUAGGCAGCCUUCUGAUGUACAUACAUUUAUAUGCACCUAUGUACUUUAUGGCAACAGCUCUAAUGAUGUUUUGUACGUAUCGUCAAAGAAAUUGUGAUCUGCUUUUUGCUGGGCUCUAAAAACCUCUCAAUAUACUCUUCGUGUGUUUGUGAUGUGACUUUCGACCAAUCACGUCCUUCAGAUUUGUCACAUGACUGAAACUGUCCUUCAAUACAGAAUACAUAGUGAUGUUCACCAGCUACUAUACGACUGAGGCUCGAGACGGCUACCUCGCUGCGUCACUCCAACCGUACCUGGGGUGGAGUGUGGUACCCCGCUCCAACCCCGGCCAGGAGUACCCCAGCGACUUCAGUUUACUCCGACUGUCGGGAGGGGGGUCACAGGACAAGAUUCUGGAGGCGCUGCAGCGACAUCCACUGGUAAAGAGAGUCACACCACAGAGACGGCUGACCAGAACUCUCAAGUUCACUGAUGAAGACAUACCCAAAGACAGGGAGACUGACUGGAAGAGUAGGAGACCUGCAAAAUCUUCAAUACUGGAUUCCCCACCUGGCAGGCACUGGUACGCUGGUCGGCGGCUAAUGAGAGCAAUACCCUCGUCAGGUGACCUCUGCCCCUCCACGCAACGUCCUCUGGAGCAUGGGCCACACUGGAAGGGAGUUCGAGUGGCUAUAUUCGACACUGGACUGCCCCAGAACCACCCUCACUUCAGACACGUCCGCGACCGGUCAAACUGGACGACGAGAAAAGCCUGGAGACGGGCUCGGCCCCGGGACCUUCGUUGCCGGGUAAUCGCCAGCUCCUCCGAGUGUCUCGGAUUUGCUCCGUACUCUGACCUCUACAUAUUCCGAUUCUCACAAACAGCCCAGGUGUCCUACACCUCCUGGUUCCCUCGACGCAUUCAACUACGCCAUACUGAAGAGGAUCAAUGUCCUGAACCUCAGUAUUGGGGGACCUGACUUCCUCGACCAGCCCUUUGUCGACAAGGUGUGGGAGUUGACGGCAAUGGAGUGAUUAUGGUAUCCAGCUAUAGGCAACGAUGGCCCUCUCUAUGGAACCCUCAACAACCCAGCGGACAUGAUGGACGUAAUUGGAGUCGGUGGAAUCAACUUUGAGGAGGAAAUAGCUCGUUUCUCAUCUCGAGGAAUGACCACAUGGGAGUUGCCAGCAGUUACGGUCGGGUGAAGCCAGACACAUCGUCACCUACGGCUCUGGCGUCCGAGCUCCGCCCUCCAGCGAGGCUGCCGCUCCCUCAGUGGCACCAGCGUGGCUUCCCCUGUCGUCGCGGGCGCCGUGACGCUUCUCCUCGGGGCCGUCGACCACGCCCACAUCAACCCUGCCAGCAUGAAACAAGCACUGAUGGACUCGGCCCAGCGACUGGGCGGGGCUAACAUAUUUGAGCAGGGGAGCGGGAAACUCGACCUCCUGAGGGCAUUCCACAUGCUCAACACCUACAAACCACAAGCAACGUUGAGUCCCGUGUGAUAGACUUCACAGACUGUCCCUACUUCUGGCCCUACUGUUCCCAGCCAAUGUAUUACGGAGCACUCCCAGUCACAGUCAACGUGACUCUUCUGAAUGGUAUGGGAGUGCCUGGAGAAUUGUAGGCAAGCCCACCUGGCACCCUUACCUCCAGCACAACGGCCAGUUCCUGGAGGUGUCGGUCUCCCUACCCCUCCACCCUGUGGCCUUGGUCCGGUAUCUCGCUGUCUCCCUCGUCGUGGCCAGAGAGGGACGGAGCUUCACCGGAGUGGUCUCAUGGGGGCACCUUACUCUUACCAUCUCCUCUCCCACGAUGCUCUAGUUCAGGAGGAGAAGACGCUCCAAUCCCAGGUCACCUCCCCAUCAAGGUGUCGGUCGUUCCGACUCCGCCUCGUCACAGACCCGCCGCAUACUCUGGGACCAUUUCCACAACCUCCGCUACCCUGCCGGCUACUUCCCUCGGGACAUCUCAGAUAAGAACGAUCCUCUGGACUGUGAGGAGAUCACGUCACACCACGUUAGAGACAUGUACCCAGGCUCGCAGCAACGGCUACUUUGUGGAGGUCCUUGAAGCCCGUUCACACUGUUCUGAUGCCACUCAAUACGGUGUCCUACUAGACUGGUAGACCGUGAAGAGGAGUUUCUUCCCCGACUGAAUAUCAAAACUGAAACUGGAACGUGGAGGAGAGGGGGCUGUCCCUGGUCGUUUUUGCCGAUUGGUACAACAGCUGACGUGAUGAAUAAGAUCAAGUUUAUGACGAGCACAUCCCGCAAUGUGGAUGCGGUACACACGGGAGGGGCCAUGUCCCGGCAUUGACAUGAUCUCCUGUCACCUGGGGCAUUGCCUUCAGCGCAGAUGUCCUGGAGGGGAGAUGAACAGUCAGCGAUCACAAGAUCCACUUUGCCUCGGGCACUGCCAUUGCACGGUUCCCUCAGGACGCGCUCUCUCCUGGCCAGAGACCUCAACGCAUCAGGGUCAGAGUUGUGCGGAGGAACAACGGAACUGCAAGACGUCCCUUGCUAGGCCUUUCCAGACGCCCCAAUGAUGGGUGGAAGAUAGCAGUUUUAUGGCGACUCCACUGUCUGGACAGUGCACACAUGCUGUCGAUACUGUUUCUGGUUGCUGGAUUACUCUCCUGCAACACGUCACCUCGUCCUCCUCCCUCCCUCCUCACCUUCUCCCACCACAUCAGAACUCCUCCCACCUCUCUGCCGCCAGCGUAUGGAAGGCAACAGGCUCCACCUCUACUCCGCGAGUGUUGGCUCCCAAGACUCCGCCCGGACCACGCCUCCCUCCACCCGGCCCACACCUAUCUGGUCCAAACCCCGCCCGAUUAAUUCAUCUGUACACCAGCACUCUUUUGAUGCCAAGAAUCCCGAUGUAUAAUCCCAGUGAGGGAUCUCGAGUUUGGAUGUUAUGUUGGAGGGGAAAAGGGGAGGGGCCAGAGGGCUGGGGUCCAUUUUUCCUGCUCCUGGGUGUGGCGGCAGUUCUGGUGUUCCUGGUUUUGGUGGACUUUGCCGCCGACGUCCUCGCAAGAAGGCGAGGUCCCCGCACCGUCCGGAGAUUCACUCUAGCAAAAUUUCCUGUAUCGAACAAGAUUUUUUUUUUAUAGACCAACAACAAUCUUGCCUCUUUUUCAUCUUAUUUAUCACUGCACUGUCCUGUUAUGCACCAUAUGGGAAUCAUGUAUAUCGCUUCGUCUGACUACGCGCAUGGCAUAAGGGAAGACCGCAAGAUAGA